GACCCGCCCACCCCAGCAAAUCGAACUGUGGCGUGCGGAGGCGGGUGCUGUAAAAGAGACCUGGGCGCCGACGUGCGGCUUCGGCAGCCGUGUUGACAGAUGCAGCAUUUUAGCCCAGGAUAUAAACUGUGUCUGGACUGCUGCAUUUAAGCGAUAUGGGCGAAUCUGCUGCUUGCAAUAUUAUACCGCAAAACUACAGCUAGGUACCGCGAAUGGGCUGCUGUUAGUUCCGUUGCCUCAACAAUCAUAAUAACAAGUAGCUACAGGUGUUUCCUUUAUUUUUGUAGCUUUUUUGCGUAAUGCAAUUUUUUUAAUUCCUGAAGGAGCAUCCAUAGGAGGUUUUACUUGAGUUAGGGUUCGCAAAUGGAGUACUUGUUACAGGUUAAGGUGGGCGCUCUGGUGGGCUUGCUGGUCCUCACGCUCCUGUUUGGCUUCAUUCCGGCGCGACUGAAAUGGUUCCGGGAGUCGAGCGGAACAGAAACCCACCGGGUGGUGCUGAGUUUCAUCAGCUGCUUCGCUGGUGGUGUGUUUCUGGCUGCCUGUCUGCUGGACAUCAUCCCCGACUACCUGUCUGACAUCGGGGCAGAGCUGAGCACCCAAGGGCUGAAUCCAACCAGCUUCCCCCUGGCUGAAUUCAUCAUGGCCUGUGGCUUUUUCAUGGUGCUCAUCCUGGAGAGGAUCGUUCUGAACUUCAGCGGCCCCAGAGGCCAGGAGAGCGCCCCCUUGCUCCCGCCGGCCGGCCACGGGCACAGCCAUGACCGCGGAGACUUGGAAGGCAGCGUCCAGCACGUGCACGUGGACUUGCAGGCGCACUCCUCCUUCCGCUCCUUCAUGCUUUUCCUGUCUCUCUCCCUCCAUUCUGUCUUCGAGGGGCUGGCAAUUGGCCUACAGACGACAGACUCCAAGGUGCUUGAGAUCUGCAUCGCCAUCCUAGUUCACAAGAGCAUCAUAGUCUUCAGCCUGUCUGUAAAGCUGGUGCAGAGCGAGGUCCGGCCGCUGUGGGUGGCAGCCUACAUCACCGUGUUUGCGCUCAUGUCACCGCUGGGCAUCGGCGUGGGCAUCAGCGUGAUGGAGGCACGCUUUGCGUUUGGGGCCUUGAUCCAGGCCGUGCUGGAGGGACUGGCUGCCGGAACGUUCCUUUACAUCACCUUCCUGGAAAUCCUGCCCCACGAGCUGAACUCCCCCGAGAGACAGCUGAUCAAAGUUUUCUUCAUCCUGUUGGGCUUCAGCGUCAUGGCAGGUCUUGCGCUCCUGGGUUGAGCCGUCGCCCCCUGCUGGUGGGGCGUGGUCUUUGUACUGUUGGAGGCUGCCUGGUGUGGCUUGCGGUCAAGUGGUAACCGUGCCCGUUCCUGAGACACUUUUCAUUCUACUGAUGGAAAUGAGAUGUAGCAGCUGCUGAAGACUUUUAAUUAAUCCUUUUAACACUAUAUAGUAGUAUUUUAUUUUUCUCUUUUAGAGGAAGGGAUGGAGUUUAAUUGGGUAAUGUGUGUUAAGGACCACUAAAAAUCCUCGUGGUCUAACACCUGUUUUCUGAACAUCAUGACAAUGGACAGAUUUCAAGACCACCCAACUGUUGGUCCUUGUAUAAUGCCAAAAAUAUCUAUAUGUUUUUAAGAACAUAUUUUUAUUAUUUCACAUUACCUGUUCAGUCUGUUACAAACAAAUGACCAUAAAAACAAGCUUAUUGUC